AUGAAUUGUUCGGAGCAGGAGCGACUAGAAAAACGUGUUCGAUAUUACCACUGCCAUCGCUCUUUCAAUUUCAAUUCUAAAGGAACAGGUGCCAGGCGUGUCAAAAGUAUGGGCACGAAUAAAAUAGGCAGUACUUGUCCAUCCAACAUGCAAGUGACAAUAACAGAGGACAAAUGCUGCUUAAAAUUUUUUCCAAAACAUAUGGGACACACCCAAGAUGUUGGAAGAACAUUUCUGCAUGGGAACGAGAGGGCAGAGUUGGCAGGACGGCUGUCACAGGGUGUUCCUGUUGGACGAGUCUUACAAGAUGUCCGAAGUGCACCAAUCGCUGCAAGUGUGGAGAGAAUCCAUCUCCUUGAGAAAAAAGAUUUGCAUAAUAUAAAAAGGGAUUUUGAUAUUGGUUAUGCAACGAAGAAGCAUGAAAAUGAUGCAGUGAGUGUGAAAUUGUGGGUUGAAGAAAUGAAGAGACAAAGUGACAACCCAGUACUGUAUUUCAAGCAGCAAAAACAAGUGGAUCCUAAUUUUCAAGAUGAAGACUUCAUUCUUAUUAUCAUGACAGACUUUCAGGACGAACAACUUCUAAAGUAUGGAGAAGAUAAAAUAUGUGUGGAUGGCUCUCAUGGCAUGACUGCAUACGAUUUUCAACUUUUUACUAUUGUCGUUGUUGAUAGGUAUGGUGCUGGAAUGCCAGUUGCAUUUUGUUUUUCAAAUAGGGGAGACAUGUGCUUACUGUCUUUUUAUUUCAAAUGUGUGAGAGAAAGGGUGGGCACUGUAAAGACCAAUGUGUUUAUGUCUGACGAUGCACCAGCAUUUUAUAAUGCAUGGUCAGCAGAGAGUGAACAGUGUUCCUUGCCCUCUAGUGCAGACAAUGAAUAUGUGUCAGCAUUGCUUUCUGGCAAUUCAGAAAAAUCUGCUGACACAUUUGAACAGGAUGUGAUGUCUCACUGUGAAACUAUAGUUGCACUCAGCAAAGGAACACAGUGUGGACAGGAGACUAAGGCCAAAGUAUUGAAGGAUCUGAAGAAGAUCAUUGCAAUUGAUGAUGGUGCUGAAGAAAAUGGCUUCAAGGGAUGUGAGCAUGAGGGUUCAUUUUUUAAUAACUGCGCUUCAGCAAUUGAUGAUGGUGCCGAAGAAAAUGGCUUCAAGGGAUGUGAGCAUGAGGGUUCAUUUUUUAAUAACUGCGCUUCAGCAAUUGAUCAUGGUGCCGAAGAAAAUGGCUUCAAGGGAUGUGAGCAUGAACUUCAGACUUUAGUAGAGAAAUUUAGUGGAUCUGAGGGAUAUGUCAAUAUCAGUGAUGCACUGUUCACAGAAAGUGCAUCAACUAGCAUAACUGAAGUCGAACAAGAGCUUCAGCAAGAAGGGCAUCAAGAAUAG